CUCAACUUCCAUCUGGGACUCGGGUUCGACUCGGUGGCGACUGUCGAGCGGCGCUUUGUGCAACUUUGUCCGGUGUCAGGAGCAGACGCGCCGGUUCCGUUCCACAGCUCUCCCCGGGGGAAGUUCGCAGCAGGAGCUGAAGAGUUGCCGGUUCCGAAACUUUUUUUUUGUUCCACCUCAAGAGACAAUUUGUACGAACAAAAACGAAAAAAAGAAAAAUGGCAGACAGCGAGGAGCAGCAAGUGUCUUCCACCAGCCCUCUGUUCAACGAGGAGGUCCACCACUACCAGGCCGAACCGGACCCCGAGCCCCAGCAGGACCACUUCGACGUGGAUGACAUUGUGGACUUGGUCGGCGGCGCUCAGGACGCCCUGGAGCGGCACAUAGCCGAGGAUAGUGCGCCACACGAGUUCACAGAAACUUCCUUCGUCCCUCCGGAGGAGCCGGUAACGUUACCGGAGCCCGAACACACGCCGGUGCCAGAGGUGAGGGAACCCGAACCGGAGCCCGAGCCGGAGCCCGAGAUCCCAGACUCCACCACGUCAUCACCUCCUUUUGUUCCCGAGCCUGAGCCACAAGUCGUCGCCCCUAAAGCCGAGCCGGAGAUCACGAAGAUCGCGCCGGAGCCAGAACCUGCCCCCGUGAGCGACGCCCUCCCAGCGGCCGAACCCCGGACAGCAGCCCCAGCCCCCGCAGAGGCAGCAGAGCGACCUGCGGUGACAGAGGAACCUCCGGCUCCGGCAGCUUAUGUACCUUCUCCUUCUAAAGCUCAGCCUCAUCCUCUGAUGCAAUUCCCUACAGCACUUGGGCAGAAGGGUGAUUCCCCUGCUCCCAUCUCUCCUAUCUCCCCUCUCCACUCCCCCGACUCUCUGGAGGAGCUAUCUCUGACCGAGAGUCCCAACCAGCCCCCUACUUCUGGAUCUGCUGCACCCCUGGGCUCCUUCUCCACUCAACCCUCCACUAAUCUUUCCAAGGACAUGCCUUGGGAGCGUGAAGAGGGUGACUCCGGACCGGGUCGUAGUAAGAAUAAGGAAGACCUUCUAGAUCCGUUAGCUGGUCCUUACCUGAGUUUAGGGAAAGACCCAGGGCCUCAUAACCCGUGUGAAGACAGCGGCAUUUCCUUUUCACCUGAGGAGAAGCUGAUUAGCUCAGACAGGUCCUCCACUGGUCCCUCCCCCGUGAACCCCCAGAUGAAGGUCCCUGAGUCUCACCUUGCCUCCUCUAACCCAACAGAGCACUGGGAUUCACCAUACCUAGCAUCUCAAGACAACUCCAAGGUCUCCAUGGAUUCCUUCUCCAAGGACACAGCCCCCAUUAGCUCCUCCAGGUACGAGCGGGACCUGCACGGCAGCCAGUCCGAUGAAGACGAUGACUUGAUGUACGAGGUGAAGAAGAAUAAUAACCCAUUCGAAGGCUAUUCCCCGCUGGCAGACAGCGGCUACUCCCACUUUGGAGACUCCAAGUCUGACAGCAGGGCGUCUAAAAUGUCAGAGAGUCCGACUCCGGAUCUGGUCCAGUACGGGCAGACUGGAGAGUCCCAGGAUAGCCCACCAUCUUUCUUGGAUGAGGGGAAAACCUUUGAGACCGGCAAGAUGGCCACUGACUCGCUCAUGCAGUCAAUGAAUCAGUUCUCAUCUGGUCUUAAAGAUGAUGACGAAGAGGAGGAAGAGGAUUCUGCCCUGCCGCCGUCGCUUCCAGACAUCCUGAAAUCUUCCCCGCUCAACCCUGACAAAGUCGACUCGGGCUCCUCUGAGGGUAGUCCGGAGGAGCAGAGCCCAAUCCUUGAACGGAGGAUGAUGGAGUCGCCGAACCCGCCGAUCAACCUGUCCGCGAAUAACCCGUUUGCUUUUGAUGCUAAAGUGUCCCUGCUGAAGGAGAUGGCCGAGGAGAUGGAGGAGAGAGCAGCUGACAAAGCAAAAGUCGAAGACGACAAAACCUUUGGCGCCUUUGACCUCGUUAAAGAAGCUGAGGAAACUACCCCGACUAAGGUCAAAGAAGAGGAACCUGUGAAGAUUGAGCAGAAAGAUUGGUUCUCAAGCCACGAUUCUCCCAAAAUGACCGAAAAGUUUGAGCCCCUUGACUUCCAGAGCAAAAAGGCCCCUGCUGAGGAUUCGGAUUCUGAGUCUCCAACAGCAGAUUCUCUGUCUCCAGUCCUGGAAGCCAUGGCCAAGAACCCAGCCAGCUUCCAGGUGGAAACGGAGAAGAAGGACCUGAAGAUGGAGGUGGAGGAGCCAGAGGUGGCCGAGGAGGUUUCUGAACAUGAAGUCUCCUCCGAGGAGUUUGAGUUCAUCGAGAGACCACCGAGGGGUGUCAUCGAUGAGUUCCUCGAAGCUCUGGAUACUUCCAAGUUUGCCUCCUCCAAGCCUCCAGAGAUCCCCAUGGAUGAUGAUCUCAGCUUUGGGCAGAAAGAUGUCUCUCCAGUUGCUGCAGCACCCCUGACAAAAGUAGCCCCGCCUCCAGAGGUGGAAGAAGAGGCUCCAAGCCAGAACUCCUACCGCCUCCUCACCCAGGCCUCCCCCCAGAAGAGCAAGGCUGAGCUGGAGAAGCUGGACAUCCAGAAGCCUCCCCCCCAAGUUCCCGUCACCCAUUCCCCCGUCAGCAAACCAGAGGAGCCGGUGGCCAAGAAGAGCUCGGAGGGCGGCAGACUGUUUAAGAUGCCAAACCUGAACAUAAGAGCAGUGGUGGAUCUCCUCUACUGGCGCGAUGUGAAGACCACCGGCGUGGUGUUCGGCGCCGCCCUGCUGCUGCUGCUCUCGCUGACGGUGUGCAGCAUCGUGAGCGUCUGCUCCUACAUCGGCCUGGCCCUGCUCUCAGUCACCAUCUGCUUCAGGAUAUACAAAGGCAUCCUGCAGGCCAUCCAGAAGUCCGAUGAGGGACACCCAUUCAAGCAGUACCUGGACCAGGAGGUGGCGCUGUCCGAGGACAUGGUCCACAAGUACAGCGACAUGGUUCUGGCCAAACUCAACAAGACCAUCGGUGAGCUGAGACGCCUGUUCCUGGUUGAAGACCUGGUCGACUCCAUCAAGUUCGCUGUGUUGAUGUGGAUCCUGACCUACGUCGGUGCCUUCUUCAACGGCCUCACUAUUCUGAUUCUGGGUCUGAUCGGAGUGUUCAGCUGCCCGAUCGUUUACGAGAAACACCAGGCCCAGAUCGAUCACUACCUGGCUCUGGUCAACAACCAGGUCAAAGACGUCGUCGGAAAGAUCCAGGCGAAGGUUCCCGGCAUGAAGCGUAAAGCAGAGUGAAGUUACAGGAAGUCGGCUUGAGAAGGUCCAGAUGUGGGAUGUUGUGGGGGAGUGUGGGUGAGGGAGGGGGGAGGCGGUGAUGGAGGGCCGGGGGAGGCGGAGGAGAGGAGGGGUCUGGCGUGGACGCAGCCCUCCUGACUGUAUCUGUCUGAAUAAUAAAAACACUUUUUUCUUUCCAGUUCAGAAUUCCUUUUACGUUCUUGUCCUGUUCUCUGGAAGCAGCUCGUUUCUCCUCCUUUUGUUUUCUCUUUGUUUUUUGUCGCCGAGUGUUUUCGAAGCGUUUGUUUCUGUGAACUCACACAAACUCGCUUCGACCUCGCGUGACCCCUUCCUCUCCCCGCCCCAGUGCAUUGUGGGAGGUCGGCGGCUCCUCCAGCCACCGGGUCCGGGCGGGUUUCUCUGUCCUCCUGUUCUGGUUUUUAUCUCCCGCUGAGGGUUUUUCGUUCUUCGUCUGCUGAGAAACUCGAGCACUUGUGUUCUCUUUUUUUUUGGUUGUUUUUUUUGGUAUGAGUAUUCUCGCUGAGUUUAGAGGUAUUUUGUGAUUUAACUGUCGUGUCCCUGAAGCUGGUUUUUCGCCUCGAUGUGACGAACGACGGAUUUUGCGAACGACGUCUUUGACUCCCGACGAGGCGGCGGGGGGGCGGGGGGAGGAGGGUGAGGAGAGGGGGAGGGUCGAUACUACGUUUAAAAAUCUUCAUCGCUUCUGAGUAACUCUUAGCUAGAAACCCAUCUAGAGAACCUUUCGCCAGACGAAUAAACCACAUUAACACAUUGAGAGUCGUUAUUUCCAUGUCAUCGCAGCUGUCUCGUAGAAAAACUCUGGAAGGAAACACGUUUACAUUCAUCCACAUCAGAAAAACACAAAAAAACUACAAAAAACACACAAAAAAGCUAAAAAAAAAAACAUGAAAUGGGAUUUAAAGAAAACCUAAAUAACCAUACUGUCUGUGGAGCCGAUAUCUUAAUAAAAGUUGCAGCUCGGUGUGACUUUGGGAAAACCUUCAAGCAUUUGUUUGUUAUGCAAGUAUAAUUGUGAAUGAUAAACUUCAUACUUCAAUUGUGACGAUAAAAAGCUUCCAGCCGGGAGCCGUGUUUGUGGAAUGCAUUGUGAGAUGUAAACAAUUAUCAAUAAAGCUUCUAGACGAAGAAA